GAUGUUACCUUUGUCACGUGGUCAGCAACCAUGAUCGUUUACAAGAUGGGUGCUGAAAAAAUGAAAAUUAUUAUGAUUUAGGGCCUAUGUCAAGAAUGUUUUCAUACAGCAUGUGUAGAUUAAAUUACACUUAAAUAUGCGGGUUUUUUUCUCCAUAUCACACAGAUACUGAAUGUAAAGAGGAUAUUACUAUUUUGAAAUGGAGUUUAGGUUUGGUAAUUUGCUCUUCACAUCCAAAUUUGAUUCUGCUAAUUUGGCGCAAGUUGAAAAAACUACAAGAGAUGAUGAUGACACAACCGGUAAUUUUACAGUACCUGGCUUGGAUGUCAUCAGACCAGACUAUGAAUAUAAUGUGUGGACAAAGCCUGAUUGUGGUGGAACAGAACAUGAGAAUGGAAACAGAUCAUGGUUUUAUUUUGGAAUACGAGGCUGGGUACCCAACAAAGUUAUCAAGAUCAAUAUUAUGAACUUAAACCGUCAAGGAAAACUAUAUAGUCAAGGUCAUAGUCCAUUUACUCGAACUCUUCCUGGAAAGCCGAAAUGGGAGCGAAUAAGGGAUCGACCAUCAUAUGAGGUGAUAGAUGGACAGUUUAUUGUAUCGUUUACAUAUCGAUUUUCUGAAACUAAAGGAGCAACAACUUAUUUUGCUUUCUGCUUUCCUUGGUCUUAUACAGAAUGUCAAAAUCAGAUGAAUGAAUUAGACACAAAAUUUAAUCAUUGUAAAGAUUUUAAUAGCAAUACAGCUCCAGAUUCAUUAUAUUAUCACAGAGAAUUACUAUGUUUAUCUCUAGAUAAAUUACGUGUUGAUCUGAUUACUAUAUCAUCUUGUCAUGGUAUGAUGGAGGAAAGUGAGCCAUGUUUUGAUAAACAUUUAUUUCCAGACAGAGAUAACCCACGAUGUAGAAAAUUCAAAGGAAAGAAAGUAUGUAACUAAUAUCCGUACACUGCGUUUUCAAUCAAUUGUCAAUUUUGGCUGAUCAUACCUACAUUAUAUCCAGACCCUUAUACUAGGAGU